AUGCAUACCUUCAAUAAAUACCUGCUUGUGACUGUUUACAUGUGGAUUUUGGGCUCUUCUCUCAAUUGCGCAGGCUCAAGCCUAUGGGGGAUGAAGAAGGCCUUUACUCGAUCCUGUGUUUGGCAGUUGAAUAAAAGAGCUAUCAUCCCACCUUUAGAGGAACUGAGUCUCUGCAUCAACCUGAAGAGAAAUAUUAGCACUUCUGAAUGGACUGCUUUUGACUACAAAGGUCCAGGUCAAAAGCACAUGGAGCUUGGUUUAGCUGGAAAUAUGGGCAAUGUAAUAGCCUCUCUUUUUGGAAAAGAAUGGACAGUUGCUUAUGACAUGCCCCUAAAAAUGUGGCACACAGUUUGUCUGACAUGGUCGAGUCAUAAUAGGCUUUUUCAGGUGAUCAUUAAUAAAGACAUUUUUGGAUUUCAUUUGAAUGAAACAUCACCCAGGUACCUUGCCGCAUACGGUACCCUGAGUUUGGGUGUGUCACAUGAUUUUGUUGGAGGUUCUAUUGUUUUUGAGACUGGGAAGAACUUUAUGGGGGACAUGUCCUUGUUCCGGAUGUGGGGAGCGCAGAUGAGUCCACAGCAGCUGGAUGCACAUAGAUGUGUAGAUGGGAAUAUUGUGACAUGGAGAGCGCAAGAUUGGGAUUAUCAGAAGUGUCCACCCAUUCCGGAUGACAACUUUAUUUGUGAAUCGUCAAAAUAUAAAAUUCAAAUGAACACAGCUAUUACACAAAAUAUCAAUAAUGAUAAUACUGAAAAUGAUAUCCAGGAGAUUGUUUUAAUCUGGCUGAAGCAUGUUUUCCCUCAGAAAAUAUCAGUGCAUUCUGUGUCCCUGUCAAAUUUAAGAAAAGUGCCAAAAUCUAGCCCUCAAACAGGAGCUGGUUUUGCUGGACAAAAUAAGGAGGAAAUUCAGGGCAUUCUAAAGUCACCAAUCAAGACACAAUGGUUUGAUUGUGUGGUGUUUGUGAGAGUGAUACCUGCAGCUGAUGUGAGUGAAACAGUGUCUAUGAUACAGGGGCUGUUAAUACCCGACUAUAGCUACAACAACAUCCUCCUGAAAACAAUCCCAGCAUCUAUAAACAUCCUCUCAUUAGGAACUCGCACAUCAUCACAAACACUGGCAAUGGGAAAUAUCUGUUCAAUCACUUCAGGCUUCAUUUCAAACAGAGGUUUUAUGAGGCUUCAGCAAACUCUGGGAAAAUGCCACAUGGAUGUUUGGAAUCUUGUGAUAAAAGGAGCUCCUAAGUACAUCACUACUUUUCAGGUUCAGGUUAUGGCACCAGUGAAUGUCACAGCAACAGAGAGGCUGAUUUUUGAACUUUUGACAAAAGGAUACACCAAUGCUACCAUCAGUAUCAGUGUCCCGUCCGGUGAAGUCAACAUCAGCCAUAUAAGUACUGUGUGA